AGUGGCGCUGGGGUGGAGGAAGAAGCUGCUCCUCCGAGGCCGCGCCUUCGAGCAAGCCGAGGCAGCAGGCUUCCCUGCUUAGCCAGGCGACGGUGGACGAGCGGCGGCGAGGGCAACAGCAGCGGCGGCGGAAUCCAGCUGGUGGCAGAGCGGUGGGUGGAGAUCCCCCGGAGCAUUAGCCGAAGGAGCGGCGCUCUCCAGCGGCGAGCAUGGUGGCCCCGGCCUGCCCGAGGCCUCCGAGUGUCCCGGCCGAAGCGCCAGAUGAGAGGCUGCUCUGAGCCGGGAGUAGCGGAGUUGACUUGGCAGAAGGAAGGGAACUCUCCCGACAGGAACAAUGCAGCACCCCUUGGAUCUGGGCGCCGCCGCCGCCGCCGCCGCCGCCGCCCACUAUUUCCCCGCAGAUCCUUUCGUUGACCACCGGUCGCAUCGCUAUCGGAGCUUUAUGAUCGAGGAGAUCCUGACGGAUCACCCGGAUGCCAAGAGCGCGGCGCCAGCCGGGGAGCUGCUCAAAUUUGGCGUGAAGGCUCUACUGUCGACCCGACCCUACCACAACCCCUUAGCGGUGCUGAAGGCGGAGCAGGCGGCGGUCUUCAAGUUCCCGCUGGCGCCGUUGGGUUGCUCGGGUUUGAGCUCGGCGCUACUGGCGGCCGGCUCCAGCCUCCAAGGCGGUUCCGGAUCCCCGCACCUGCCGCUGGAGCUGCACCUUCGCGGGAAGCUGGACCCGGGAGCCUCCGAGGGGGGCGGUAAAGCUAAGAAAGGCCGUCGGAGCCGCACAGUCUUCACCGAACUGCAGCUGAUGGGCCUGGAGAAGCGCUUCGAAAAGCAGAAAUAUCUCUCCACUCCCGACAGGAUAGAUCUGGCGGAGUCCCUGGGCCUGAGUCAAUUGCAGGUGAAAACCUGGUACCAAAAUAGAAGAAUGAAGUGGAAGAAAAUAGUUUUGCAAGGCGGAGGCCUUGAGUCUCCCACCAAGCCCAAAGGUCGCCCGAAAAAAAACUCCAUCCCCACCAGCGAGCAGCUGACCGAGCAAGAGCGAGCCCGCGAAGCCGAGAAGCAGCCGGCGGAAAACCUCGACUCUCCCUGCCAGGUCAUCCAGGAAUAAUAAAGGAGCGCCGCGUGCCCGCGGACUAACGAUCUGGCGCCCGGAUUGCGGAUGCUGGACUGCUGGCGCCCGAACCUCCCGGCUUGGCCCGGAAGGGGGACUGGGACCUGCGGCCCUCAAGACUGAACCUCAGCCUCACGGGGCCUCCCUGAGCGACGAGGCCCCGCCGGCUCGCAAUACUACCCCAAUGGGUCGCCUGCCUUGAGCGCAGACGGCGGGGGUCCACUGAAGCCCCUGGGUUGCAGAGGUCCUGCAACCCUUUCGCCGCCGUUUAAGGAAGUUACCGCGUGGAAGAAGGCGACGAGGACGAUCCGGGGAUGGAGGCGACGGUGGACUCCGAUUCCCAGUUGAUUCCGUUGUAGGAUUUCCCAGGCGUCUGAGCCCUUCCGCCCUCUCCCUGCGUGCGCCUAAGGAAGAGCCGCCCCCUGUUCUUGGGGGUUUGACCGUGGCUGUUCCCGCGCUGUGUAAGAGAAGGGAGGGGGCGGGGAGCGUCUCCGAACUAUCCGGCUAACUCAGGGGUAGGCAAC